CGACGCCGGCAGUGUCUUCGUACUCUCGUGUACUGUACCCUUGACCUAUUCUUCUUUACCUCAGUUUUAAUCUCUUUCUUUCCUUUGCUAUUCAUCAUGCCUGUUGUUGCUGGUCCCCCCCAGGCCCACGGCCCCAACACCUUCGAGAAGAUGAAGAUGGGUGCUCUGAUGGGAUCCACUGUCGGUGGUAUCAUGGGUUUCAUCAUCGGUACUGUCACCAUCUUCCAGUACGGAGCCGGUCCCAACGGCGUCUUCCGCACCCUGGGUAAAUACAUGCUUGGUUCGGGCGCCACUUUCGGUCUCUUUAUGUCCAUCGGUAGCGUCAUCCGUACCGAAGGUCCUUACAACGACGCCUGGCUCCGCGCUCGGGGCCCCCCGAUGAUGCUCCCCCGCCAGAGCCCCCUUCGUCCCAUGCGCGAGUAAAGCGCAUCAAUACCCUUCAAAGGAUUGUGGAAGCGGAAGGAGAGCGAUGAGACGAGGAUGAGCAGCGAGCAAAUUGUACAAUAGCUAUACUGAAUGACGGCUUCUGCGGAUCACGGCAGUACUUUGAUCGCAGAUUUCCAGCGUUUUGAAAAACCCGACUCGGUUGCUGGGCCAGAGAGCAGACAGCAAGCCCUGGACGCGGGAACUAUAUUGUGUACAUAGGUGGAAGCUGAGGCGCUUCGGAGCCCGCCUCUAGUCCAGGAAAGCCCUGCGAUAUAUCUUGGCGUUUACAGCACGGUUGGGUAAAUUUAAUGGACGGUCAUGAAUGAUGACGACAGAGGCAUAUCUUGUAUAUUUGGCGGAAAGUAGAAACACGGUUUGACUGCGUGAUCUCCGCUGGAUGAUGUAACGAUGGUCUAUUGGGCCCGGAGAUCCACCGCUCUA